GAUAAAUUACCGAAGUUCCGGUUUGGUGUCCCGACUGGUUCGCCAAGAUAAGGAAAAAUGCUUCGGCUGUGGAGCACUGGCCGAGUCCUUGGGGCCCGAACAAUCGCUGCAGUUCGGUGCAGCAGCACAGGGGCACCUGAGAAAGUUGAGGUUUUCGUGGAUGAUAACCCAGUCUAUGUAGAUCCUGGGACUACAGUAUUACAGGCAUGUGCAGCUGCUGGAGUGGAGAUCCCCAGGUUCUGCUACCAUGACCGCCUGUCCAUUGCAGGAAACUGUAGAAUGUGUCUGGUGGAAGUGGAAAAAUCACCUAAGCCCAUUGCCUCAUGUGCUAUGCCAGUGAUGAAGGGGAUGAGAGUAAAGACAGAUUCUCCCGUCACAAGGAAGGCCAGAGAAGGUGUGAUGGAGUUCCUGCUAAUGAACCAUCCGUUAGACUGUCCAAUCUGUGAUCAGGGUGGGGAAUGUGACCUCCAGGAUCAGUCCAUGAACUUCGGCAGUGACAGAAGUAGAUUUACAGACAUUAAUUUCACGGGUAAACGAGCUGUUGAGGACAAAAAUGUUGGUCCACUUAUCAAAACCAUUAUGACCCGCUGUAUACACUGUACCCGUUGCAUUAGAUUUGCCAGUGAAGUAGCUGGAGUGGAAGACCUGGGGACUACAGGCCGAGGAGGGGACAUGCAAGUUGGUACUUAUGUAGAGAAAAUGUUCCAGUCCGAGCUAUCUGGAAAUGUCAUUGAUCUGUGUCCUGUGGGAGCUUUAACAUCUAAACCAUACGCUUUUACAGCUAGGCCUUGGGAAACCAGGAAGGUAGAGAGCGUGGAUGUGAUGGACGCCCUUGGCAGUAAUAUAGUCAUCAGCACACGCACGAACGAGGUCAUGCGUAUUCUCCCACGUAUGAAUGAGGAAAUCAACGAAGAGUGGAUCUCUGACAAGACGAGAUUUGCUUACGACGGUUUGAAGCGACAGAGACUGACAAGUCCCUUUGUGAAGGAUGAAAGUGGAAAUUUAGUAGCUGCAAGCUGGGAGGAUGCCUUUAUGGCUACAGCUGAGAAAUUGUCACAGGUAAGCGGAGAGGAUGUGGCUGGUAUUGCUGGAGGACUCAUGGACGCAGAAGCUCUUGUGGCCUUCAAAGAUUUCCUCAACAGAUUAGGCAGUGAUGGGCUGUGUACGGAGGAAAUCUUCCCAGUGGACGGGGCAGGAACUGAUCUCAGAUCUAACUACCUGCUGAAUACAAAGAUUAGCGGAGUGGAGGAGGCAGACCUCAUCUUGUUGGUCGGUACAAACCCUCGGUUUGAGGCACCUUUAUUUAAUGCAAGAAUGAGGAAAAGCUGGAUCCACAAUGAUUUACAAGUGGCAAUGGUUGGGUCAAAGGUCGACCUUACAUACGAUUAUGACCAUCUUGGGGAUUCUACAAAAGUGUUACAAGAUAUCGCCAGUGGAAACCAUCCUUUCUGUGAGGUACUCAACAAAGCUAAGCGACCAAUGGUUGUAGUUGGGAGCACAGCUCUACAGCGACCAGACAACGGAGCCAUACAUGCUGCUGUAUCCUUGAUCAGUCAGACAGCGCGAGUCAAAUCUGACUGUGGCGAAUCCUGGAAGGUUCUCAAUGUAUUACACAGGGUUGCUGGACAGGUAGCAGCUCUUGACCUUGGGUUCAAGGCUGGUGUGGAUUACAUUCGCCAGAAUCCCCCUAAAGUGUUGUACCUGCUUGGAGCUGACGAGGGAACCAUCACUAGGGCGGAUCUACCUAAAGACUGUUUUGUGAUAUAUCAAGGUCACCAUGGUGAUAUUGGUGCCUCCAUGGCUGAUGUAGUGUUCCCAGGAGCUGCCUACACAGAGAAAGAUGCCACAUAUGUUAACACAGAAGGCCGUGCCCAGCAGACUCGCAUGGCCGUUUCUCCACCAGGCCUGGCCAGAAACGAUUGGAAAAUUAUCCGGGCUCUAUCAGAGAUUGCAGGCUAUCCCUUAACUUACGACAAUCUGGAAGAGGUACAAGGCCGUCUCUUUGAGGUGUCUCCAAAUCUCAUCAAGUAUGGCGAUGCCGAGGAAGCAAACUACUUCAGACAAGCACAAGAGCUUGCUCAGCUUGCCAAAGGACAACUGGACAGUGCUCCUCUCACCCCAGAUAUAAGUAUUCUCAGCGAUUUCUACAUGACGAACUCUAUCAGUCGCGCAUCACCGACCAUGGCCAAGUGUGUGUCAGCUUCAGUGGAAGCUGCAGCAAGCAAAUACUGACCUUUGACCUGUGUUUAGAGCCAGUUAUGUAAAUAAGAUGUUAUUGUAUUUUCUAGUGAUUUGACAGGAGUUGGAAUAAUGCUUUAAGUCUAAACCUGUGAAUUGUUUAUUCCAUUGCUUUUCAAUGUUUCAAUGGACUUUUCAUGAAGUUUACUCUCCUGAAUGGACAGAUUUAAUCUAUAAAAUAGUCAUGCAACAAGACAGAGGAGUAGCAGAAACCAUACAUGUACCUCACGAUUAUGUCUCUGAGCCUUGUAUGUCACCUAGCAGGUCUCUGAGCCUCAUGACAUCUAGCGGGUCUCCGAGCCUCUUAUGUCACCUGACGGGUCUCCGAGCCUCUUAUGUCACCUAGCGGGUCUCCGAGCCUCUUAUGUCACCUAACAGGUCUCCGAGCCUCUUAUGUCACCUAGCGGAUCUCCGAGCCUCUUAUGUCACCUAGCGGGUCUCCGAGUCUCUUAUGUCACCUAGCGGGUCUCCGAGCCUCUUAUGUCACCUAGUGGGUCUCCGAGCCUCUUAUGUCACCUAGCGGGUCUCCGAGCCUCUUAUGUCACCUAGCGGGUCUCCGACCCUCUUAUGUCACCUAGCGGGUCUCAGUGCCUUGUGCAUCAACUGUCAGGUCUCUGAUCCUCGUACUUCAUCUUGCAGGAAUCAGACCUAUGCACAUUAUCUAGCAGGUUUCUGAGCAUUGUACAUUAGUGUGUGUGAAAAAAGUUGUUACAAACACCAACAAUGUUGUAAUAUCAUUGUUUUGAAUUUAAAUAAAACGUGUAUGGGUAAUUUC